CGGGGGACGGAGGAGGUUGGUAUGGCUGCGGAGUGGAGCGCGCUUCUCCUCACCUGCCGGCGGGGCCAUGGCGGCGUGUCCGCCCUGCAGCGAGAGCUGGAGGUGCGGCGACUGCGGGGCGGGCUGGGCCCGCGCCCACCCGCGCUGCUCCUGGCCGUGGAGGAUCCCUGGGCCCACCUGGGCAGCGGCGGCGCCACCCUCAACGCUCUGCUGGUGGCGGCCGAGCACCUCAGCGCCCGGGCCGGAUGCACGGUGGUGACCGCUGACGUGCUGAGGGACGCCCGCAUCCUCAUCCUGCACAUGGGCCGCGACUUCUCCUUCGACGACUGUGGCCGUGCCUUCACCUGCCUGCCCGCGGAGGAGCCCGGCGCGGCAGCCGAAGCGCUGGUCUGCAACCUGGACAGCCUGCUGGGGACCAUGACACACCGGCUCUGUGUGGGCUCCCCACCUGGCGUCUGGGUCUGCAGCACCGACAUGCUCCUCACCGUGCCCUCAACACCAGGGAUCAACUGGGAUGGCUUCCAGGGCGUCCGAGUGAUUGCAGUGCCUGGGAGCCCAGCAUAUGCCAGGAGCCAUGGGGUCUACUUCACCAAUGAGCAGGGGCUGGUACAUGACAUUAUCUACAAAGGCACGGAGGCCCAGAUCCAGCAGUGUGCAGGGUCAGAUGGCACUGUCCCACUGGUGUGUGGGAUUGUUUUCUUCUCCUCGGAUGCUGCUGAGCAGCUUCUGGCCACCCACGUCAUCCCUCCUCUGGACGCCUGCACCUACAUGGGGCUGGACUCAGGAGCACCACCCAUCCAGCUCUCCCUCUUCUUCGACAUUGUGCUGUGCAUGGCAGGGGGGAUGACAGAGGAAGAUUUUGUGAAGGGUGGUGGUGAUGCCAGUGUGAGGAGCGCACGCUCUGUGCUGUGGACAGCUCUCCGUGGCUUCCCUCUCAGCAUGGCCUGCAUUCCCAACGCAUCCUAUGACUACAUGAGUGCCUCUGCGAGUGACCAUAUCCGCAGCCUGACUCUCCUGCCUGGCUCUGCCAGCCACCUCCGCUUCUGCAAGACAGCCCAUUCCCACGUGGAUCAGCCCUGUCUCCUGGAGGACGGCUCUUCUGUCACCAACUGCCUGCUGGAAGGAGCUGUGCAGCUGGCAGCUGGCAGUGUCAUCCAGCACUGUCACCUCCAGGGUCCCCUGGUGAUCGGUCCUGGCUGCCUCCUCUCAGGCCUCAGCGUGGACUCCUCCCCAGCCCUGCGGGGCUGUCCCCUGCGUGACAUUGUCCUGCAGGGCCACCACGUCCGGCUGCGUCACCUGCCCUGCCGCGUGUUCACUCUCACCGGCCGCCUCGACGACUGGCAGAGCCCUGUGGAAAAAGCCACCUACCUGAACAUGCCCUGGGCUGAGUUUUUCCAACGGACGGGCGUACGGGAAGGGGACCUCUGGGAUGCCGAGACGCCGCGGGGGAGCCGCUGCCUGCUCAGCGCCCGGCUCUUCCCAGUGCUGCAUGCCCGCGAGGCGCUGGGGUUGGAGGAUGUGCUGUGGCUGCUCGGCCUGGCCACUGUGGCCAGAGAGCAACUGGCACGCUGGCGGACGGCCUGGCGCAUGUCCUGGCAGGAGCUGCUGCCCUGCCUGGACACAGAAGCCGAGCUGGACGCCCGCCAGGCCCUGUUCUUCCUGCAGGGCCAGCGCAAGGUGCGGCGCGUGCUGCUGGGGCGCCAGGACAGCAGCCUCCUGCCGCUUGCCCGCAGCGCCGUCCACGAGGGCUACCACAAGGCCUUGCUGGGCACACUGGAUGAGGUUGCCUCCUCAGCCAGUGAUGCUGGUAUUGCAGCACGGGCACUUGCCUGUAUUGCUGAGGUCCUGGGCUGCAUGGCACAAGGGGAAGGGGGCUUGCGGAGUGGUCCUGCUGCCAACAGGGAGUGGGCCUCAGCUUUCGGGCGCCUGGAGAGCGGGGACAUCGCUGGUGGUGUCCAGGAGUUGGCUGCUGAGCGGCAGAAGUGGAUGAGCCGGCCGGCUUUGCUGGUGAGAGCAGCUCGGCAUUAUGAGGGGGCCGAGCAGAUCCUCGUCCGGCAGGCAGUGAUGUCCUCGUGCCAGUUCAUCACCGUGGAACAGGUGGAGCUGCCACCCUUGGGGCACUGGGUGCAGGUGGUGUGUCCAGCCCGCCUGGACCUCUCUGGGGGCUGGAGCGACACCCCCCCCAUCACCUACGAGCACGGGGGGGCCGUGGUGGACGUGGCAGUGCUGGUGGAUGGGUGCCGACCCAUUGGUGCCCGGGUGCGGCGCAUUGCCCAGCCCGAGCUGCGCCUCGUCAGCCUCAGCGGGACACCACCAAGCGAGGUGCUGGCAGAGCUGGUGUGCCAGGAGCUGGAGCACUUACAGGAUUACUGCCAGCCACAUGCACCAGGAGCCCUGCUCAAAGCUGCCUUUAUCUGCACCCAGGUUGUGCAGUUCCCCUCACAGACACCCUUGCAGGCCCAGCUGAUGGAGAAUUUUGGGGGUGGCUUUGAGGUGCACACCUGGUCCAAGCUGCCCCACGGGUCUGGCCUUGGCACCAGCAGCAUCCUGGCAGGAGCAGUGAUGGCAUCCCUGUACCGGGCAGCAGGGAAGGCUGCCAGCACUGAGUCCCUUAUCCAUGCUGUGCUGCACCUGGAGCAGAGGCUCACAACAGGGGGUGGUUGGCAGGACCAGGUUGGUGGGCUCGUUCCUGGCAUCAAAAUUGGGAGGUCAAAGGCCCAGCUGCCACUCAGAGUGGAAGUGGAGCAGAUCCCGGUCCCUGAUGGUUUUACCCAGACCCUGAACGAUCACCUGCUGCUGGUGUACACGGGAAAGACUCGCCUGGCCCGCAACCUGCUCCAGGACGUGGUGAGGAACUGGUAUGCCAGACUGCCCUCCAUCAUGCAAAAUGCUGAUGCUCUGGUGAGCAAUGCUGAGGAGUGUGCCCAGGCCUUGAGGCAAGGUGACCUACUGCUCCUUGGCAAGUGCCUGGACUGCUACUGGCAGCAGAAGAAGUGCAUGGCCCCGGGCUGCGAGCCGCUGGCUGUUUGGCGCAUGAUGGGCGCUCUGCGGCCCUACGUCUACGGGCAGUGCUUGGCUGGGGCUGGCGGUGGCGGCUUCCUUUACAUCUUAACCAAAGCCCCUCGGCAGAAAGAGGCUUUGCACCAGAUCCUGGCAAACACUGAGGGACUGGGCAACUUCAGCAUCCACAGCAUCGAAGUGGACACAGGUGGUUUCUCUGUGGAGGUCGUGGGAUGUGAUAUGGACAGUGCUCACCCUGGAGGGGACAGGGCUGUGUGAAGAACUUCAGCCCCGGCCCAUUCCUGGCAGAUAUCCAGAACAGGUGCAGAGAAAUCCCCACUGCUUUAGGAGCAGAUUUUUCAGCCAGCUCCAGCAGGUGCCUUAGGUCUCCAUAUGGCCUUUUUGUGCUGCUACUUGCCCCAAAAGCCAGAGCCUGGAGAAGCUGUGACAAGUUGUGCAGGCAGGCAAAACUACCCCUGCUGGGUGGCCUUGCUGGAGGGACAGUGCUAGAGCCUCCAGCCUGAUUUUGGUGUUUCACUCGUUUUUACAGUUCUCCCAAGGGAACAAGCUAGCAUUUGUUAUGCUGCAUCUAGCAGGAACCUUCCUUAGGGACCCAAGCUGCCUGUUCAGCAUACAAUGCUCCUGCACCAGCGAUACAGCUGAAUGUGGAAUCAAGACCCUCUCCUGUCCCUGAGGCACUGUUUCAGCAGUGAAAUAGUGGAUAGUGCAAUCAAGUUUCUAGUCCAUGCAGUCUGAAUAAAAAAGCUUG